GCCCGCCCGGGAAAACAAACCUCGAGUUGGAACGAAUCUUCGGGAGACGCUGCGGCAACGGCGGCGGGCGAUUCCUGCGGCGGCGACGCGGCGGGCGAUUCCUGCGGCUGGCUGCCGAGGCCUCAGACGGGACGGCGACGGCCCCACGCCGCUCUCCCUUCCGGUUGCUUUCCACCGGAUAAGAACUUUUCAAUAGGGUCUUAUUGAAGUACAAAAGAUACUCUUAGCUACCAAUCAUGGUAGUCCAAAUCAUACGAGGAACGCGAAGUGAAAAAUACGCAGCUAAAGAUUGGUCAUGUGAAGUUUGCGGGAAUUUCAACAAAAUCAAUCAUUUCUUGAUUUUUGAUCUCCCAGCCUUCUAUUGUGGAAGAUGCAAGAAAAUGUACGAUGGUAUUAUUUACUUUAACUUGGCUGACGUCGAAGUUAAUGGGAAGUCUAUUUUACCAGAAGUAAAACAUCAAAGAGGAAAGCCGGACUGUGCUUUUUAUGCAUUCGCACAUGCUCAAGAGUUUAAUGACAUCAUGGAAAACAUUAUCUUAGAUGAUGAUUCUCCGAUUGAUGCUAUGGAUCCUAUGAUCCUAGCUGAUACCUAUAAUAUGAUGUUUGGUGAGAAUGAAAAGAUAAUGGAGUAUUCUGGCCUGCACAAAAUGCUUUAUACAGGUCUUAUUCUAAAAGAGUGUAGUCGGAGAACCGUGAAGGACACAGAAAGAGCAACACAUUCGGAUGUUGUUGCUGUGAACUUGGGCAAAUUUGAGCACAUUUGUCAGUGUAUAGCUGAUGGUCGUGGUGUUGUCGGAGCAUUUCCAGUAGGAAAAAAUUUACAUCUACUUAAGUUUGGCGAAGUUUAUUCACCUCCAGUGAGUAAUGCUGUGGGUCAUGCUGUGAUGCUCAUUGGGGCAAUCUUUUAUCAGGGCAGCACAAUAUAUAUCUUUCUUAAUUCAUGGGGGAAGGAGUUUUGUGCCCUCCGUGAUGAAAAUGGGGAGCUGAUUGUGGGUGGAAUAGGAAUGAUUGAGGGUCUCUUGUUGUUCAAUCCCAUUGUCCUUAGCAGAUCAUGGGAAAAAGGGGUAAAUGGCCAGUUAACAGGGUCAUGGAGACAAGACUUAACAGAAAUUGAGGCCUUGCUUGAACUUGAAUGUAUUAAUAUGCCAGCAAAGCUGAUGCCAACAUUUACCAAUAAACAGGUUAAUGCGUGUGCCCCAUACAGUGGAAGAUAUGAUUUUGAAUCAACCAUUGAUGAAGUUAAGCUUCAAAAUACCCGCACACUCGACAUGGAAUGCAACCGUUGCUUACUCCAGCCAAGAGUUGAAAUAUGUAAGGAUGGCACUUCCAUCCUGGAUGGAGCUGAAGAUAAGAAGCCAAUUGAAGGGAGAACUGAGCAGCUGGGAUUUGCUAUUGAGGAAAGCACUUCUAACUUUGAUAAGGAAAAGCUACAAGAGCGAUUGGAAAAACUUUCUGGUGGUGUUGCUGUUCUAAAGAUUGAUGCCGCAAGUGAAGUGGAAGUUGGUGAGCAGGAUAGAGUGACUGAUGCACCAAAUGCAACCAAAGCUGCAGUUGAGGAUGGCAUUGUGCCAAGUGGUAUUGCCCUUCUCUACACAUCAAAAGACCUGGAUAAAUUGGAGACCACAAACUUUGAUCAAAAGACUGGUGUUCAAAUCAUGCCAAGUGCUUUGAAGACCCCGGUGCAGACUAUUGCUUCAAAUGCAGAUGCAGAAGGAGCUAUUAUUGCUGGCAAGCUUUUGGGACAGGAAAACACUUGUCUAGGCUACGAUUCAGCUAAAGGUGAAUAUGUGGAUAUGGUGAAGGCUGGUAUCAUUGACCUGCUUAAAUUGAUCAGGACAGCCCUGAUAGAUGCUGCAAGUCUGUCAUCUCAGAUGACUACCCCAGAAGCAACAAUUGUUGAGUUGCCAAGAAAGAGAGCGGUGCUCCAGCAAUGAGUACUAGAUUAGAUUCAUCAUUAUCUGGCUCAGAAAAUUGUCCCAAUUUUGGUCAUCCUGCAGAAGAGGAUUACUAACUUUAGGUAGUUGGAAAUUGGGAUGAUUCUCUUAUACCGAGAGAAAUUUUUGAAUUGAAUCAGGGUUAGUCCUCAACAUUGGUGCUGCAGGUGGUGGUGCUCCUGCUGUAGCCUCCUGCUCCCCGCCAACUCCUCCAUGGCGGCCUGCUGGUGAUGGUGAUGGUUCGGUGACCUAGGCUGCUUGGAUCCUACCAGUGCCGGGGACAGGACUAAACUAAUCUCCCCCUACCAUUUGAGAGAUUGAUCAUUGGUCAGUUAAACAACCAAAUAAGUCAAAAUCAUGUAUCGACAGCAGCAGCUGCAGCAUCUGAAAAUACAAUGAGUGCCUCAACAAA